AUGUAAAGGCUAAACUGUGUUAAGUGGAAGCAUGAAGAAGUAGUAGCAGAAGCUAGCGAACCUAACAAUCUGCUGCUAAUUCUUCUAAAUCGCCGAAAUGGAAAACGAAGCAUUCAAUCCCGACAAGAUACGAUCGGAUUUCAUUCAAGUUCUUCAUAGCAGACGAUCUGCUCAAGUUCCGUUAUCAGUUGAAGAAGGAAGGGCUGUUGUAAAUCCUUUAUAUCAGGGUAAUGGACCUCCACCUCCAACCACUCAUACCCAGGCGAUGGAGCAUUGUCCUAAGGCCGAGAUGAAGGAUUUCAAAAGUUUACUUAGAGAGGAGAAUCUUUAUUUGAUUACUGAGGCGGGAGACCAAGGGCGUCUGCCUAUGCUGAUUCUUAGUUUGAAAGAGAGAAAUUAUAAAAGGCCUGCUAUAGUUUUCUUGCAUUGCACACAUACAUGCAAAGAAUGGCUUCGUCCUAUGCUUGAGGCCUAUGCUUCGCGCGAUUAUGUAGCCAUUUCAAUUGACUGUCGCUACCAUGGCGAACGAGCAAGUAGUAAAACCACUUAUCAAGAAGCCCUUGUAUCAUCGUGGAAGAAAGGUGACACAAUGCCAUUCUUAUUUGACACGGUUUGGGACUUGAUAAAACUGGCAGAUUAUCUCACACAGAGACAAGAUAUUGACGCCACCAGGAUAGGAAUUACCGGCAUAUCACUAGGAGGAAUGCUUUCAUGGCUUGCUGCUGUUGCUGACACAAGAUAUGCAGUGACUGUCCCUAUAUUUGGUGUGCAGGGAUUUCGUUGGGCCAUUGACAAUGAUAAGUGGGGAAGUCGGGUUGACACUAUAAGGCCUGUGUUUGAAGAAGCACAAAAAGAUUUGGGGAAGAACACAAUUGACAAAGAAGUGGUGGAGAAGGUUUGGGAUAGAAUUGCUCCAGGUCUGGCCUCUAGUUUUGAUUUACCAUACACAAUUACCACCAUUGCACCACGCCCACUGCUGAUUCUUAAUGGCGCAGAGGAUCACCGCUGCCCACUUGAAGGUCUAGAAACCCCUAAACUAAGAGCACAAAAGGCUUAUGAAGAAGCCCAUAGUCAAGAUAAGUUCAAGCUAAUGGCGGAACCUGGAAUUGGGCAUCAAAUGACACCAUUGAUGGUGAAAGAAGCAAGCGACUGGCUCGACAAGUACCUCAAGAAGUAAUGCUGUGUUGUAACUUGUAUAAACAGUUUAGGUGUAUUUAACUCUUCUAGAUAUGAAGAUAUUGGCAUUAUUACAA